UAGAUGUGCAGGCAUGCUGUCUCUAGUUUAAUUUCCUGAAUCUAAUGUGAAGAAACAGGAAUGCUUGAAAACAGAUGUCACUUCUACAGGGGAACAAAGUUUAAAAACAAGUAAAUCACAGAAAACGUCGUUUCCUUUUGCUAAUAGAGCGCCUGAAUUCGGUGGAAAUAGCAAAAAAUAUAUCACCAUUCUUGGGACUGCAAAACAAAUUCGAAAAUGAGUGACAACUUUUCAAGAACACCAUUUUCUGAAGGGCACGCUCCAAGCCAUGAAGAAGCAUUAAAACCCCACUACACUACCACUACGGGUUCUUUUAGUAGAACUCCGGUCUCGCCGUAUCUCAACUAUGAUUCGCGAUAUCUGCAACAAGCACAGCCAGAGUUCAUUUUUCCCGAAGGGGCCAACAAGCAGCGUGGACGCUUCGAGUUGGCCUUCUCACAGAUAGGCACUUCGGUAAUGAUUGGCGGUGGAAUUGGUGGCCUAGCAGGUGUUUAUAAUGGUUUAAAAGUCACAAAAGCACUCGAUCAGAAGGGAAAAGUUCGUCGAACACAGUUACUUAAUCACAUUAUGAAGCAAGGUUCCGGCACAGCUAACACAUUGGGCACAUUGACGGUGCUGUAUUCGGCUUGUGGAGUUUUGCUGCAGUUUUUCCGCGGAGAAGAUGAUCAUGUAAACACAGUAAUUGCGGGCUCUGCCACAGGACUGCUAUACAAGUCAACAGCUGGUCUUAGGACGUGUGCUUUUGGUGGAGCUAUUGGGCUGGGCAUCUCGUCGCUCUAUUGCUUAUACCUAAUAGCACAAGAAAACAGUUCGAACUCAAGUCCCAAGUACCUAUAAAUGGCUAAAAUAUGUAGUACGCAGGCAUUGAUAGGAUCACUCCUUGCCGAUUAAAAUUAUAAAUACGAAAUUUUAA